GCAUACUGCCUGGCAGACUUCAUUUCAGAUUUGUAACACUGGGUGCAUUUUCUGCAAAGACAGUUUUAUAGUUUACUGUUACGCAAAAAUCUUCUUUUUUUCAUUCAGUUAGUUUACUGUGGACACAUUUAGUGCUCGUACGGGAUAAUUUUCCUUUUUUUUACAUUGGCAAAAAUUUUUUCCCACAUCCAUAUAGGUAGCUUACUAUAUUUCAGUUACUUGUGCAAAAGUAUCGUAGAUGUCAGUUUGAAAAUCUCGCGGGAAAAAGAUGUUAGCUCUAAGUGAAGACUGUCUUCAUGAGUAUGUUUUAAGUUGUGGUUUUUAGUUUUGUGGACAAAAUUACAUGUGUAAAUCGUGGAUGUGAAAUAUUCAAACUUCAGUGUUUUAUUGAGUUGGCAACUUGCUGCUGAUAUUCAUGUUUAUGUUGUGAAGCCGCUAGUGUUCUGCAUUCAGUUCUUCAUCCAGUAGUUCGCAGUGAGAAGUCACUGGCAUUCAGCUCCCACGAUCUUGUCGUCGGCUGUGGGGCAGAGACUCUGUACGAGUAGAUAGGCUCUGAAUCAGUUACAGAGUCAGUUUAGGUAUUAUUUGCUACUGUCGCAAAUUAUUGGACACUAACUACAGUCAAUCAUUUUUAAAGAGACAGUAAAAGUGCAAUAAAGGCACAUAAAAUUACACAGGAAAUAAAAAGCCAGUGUGGCAAAAAAGAAAUUGUAUAACUUUUUUUUCUUCAAUAUUUAUUAGUUUCACACAAUCUAUACAGAUAAUAAAGAUUUUAUUUAGAAUUAUUUUCAAAACAUUCUAAAAUGAAACUUUGUCCAAGCAUGUAAAGCCAACACGAAUUUAUUAUAUUAGUGGAUGUAGGUCUAAAACACUAUAUACGUCAGUGUUCACUUGCACUUCUUACAAACCACAUUUAACGAAUUAAAACGGGGGUUGAUGGAGAUAGUUGUUGAUGAGGGUUGUGAGUGCCCUGACUUGGCCAGGUGUGUAGUCUCGGAGGCUGGAGCGUGAACCUCGAGAGGACAGCCUCAGGUGCAAGACAAAGUAACUACUGGAGUGGUUUUCUUAUCAACUGAUAAGAUACUGUCUCAUGUAUCUGUGACAUGCGUAUAAAUGUGAUAAUAUGGCUUGUAUUCAGUACAGAAGUGUUUGAGAACAUCAGUAGUGCCCUGUGCGAGAGGCAGCGACACUUGCCAAGCCUCCCGGGAGCGAAGCGCGCAGGAUGGAAGGCGUGCCGUCUCCCGAGGACCUGCUCAGGCUCCUGGACCAGCUGAAGGACCUGUCCCCCGAGGACCGCGAGCAGUUGCGCCUGCAGCUGCUGUCGCAGGCGGGGGUGUCGCCCCCUGAGCCGCCCCCCGCGCCCCCCUCCAGCCAGUUCUUCCUGCUCGUCUCCCUGCUGGCCAUCGUCACCUUCCUGUUCGUUUUCUUUGGCUACAAACUGUACAAGAGUUUGAAAGAGAAGGAGCGAAAAAGAGAAGAAAAAAAGAAGUUAAAACAGCAGAAGAAGAAAAAAUGAGUUGCUCAAAGUUGGACCUUCAUUUUUGCAUCACAGACAUGGAACUUACUUUUUCAAAACAAAAAGUGUUCUUUUUACAUUGCUGUACUGUUUUAUGGGCAGAUAUUGAGACUUGGUGCAUUAUUAAUGCCGUUUGAAACAUACAGGAUUGUUAUGUUCGUGAUGGAUAUUUCUGGUGGAUAGGAAAAGGUUAUCGGUAAAUGUUUGUGUGACGUUUAGGGGAGUUUAGGAGGAUGGGAAAGUCUUUAAGGUUAAGCUAGUCAUAGUCUUUGUUCUGUUAGAGCUAUUGUUUGUGUGUCAGUAGGUACAUAAGUGGGUUACAUUGCCUCUGUUGUCUACAUCGGAAAUCUGAUAUGUUGUGGAAUAUUUAAUUUAUGUAAGAAAUAUAGGUAUAAUGGAUUUUAAUCCUUUUUAUUUAUAAAAAAAAGAAGUAAAUUUUCUUACUCGUUGCAUUUUUUUUUAAAUUCCAGUAAUUAACAUUACAUUUAUUUGGACAGUUAUCGUCUAGGUGCAUCUGUUGGUACAUUACAAGAAUACAGUUAAGUAUUCUUGUCCUGAAGUAAAGUAGGCUGUGGGUGUGUUUGUGGAAUGCACUGUGAACUUGAAGUAGGCAGUCAUCUGCCAAACAAAUGUUUGAUCACAGCUAAUGAUAAAGAUGUAGUGAGUAAGAAGACUGGUAUUUAUUGUUUUAGUUGGGGGUGUACUGAAGGGUUGCGUGCUCUCAGUGUAAAUUUUAUUCAAGGGAUUUUUUUUAUUUAUUUAUAUUAUUAUGUGAGUUUUAAGCGGGCGAUGGUAAGGGAUAUGAGAUAUUUGGCUAAAUUUAAUUUUUUUCUACAAGUCCAUAUUUUGGAACCCUUUUUUUUUCUUAGACAUUUUUCCAAUGGAGGGCCUUUUGCAGAUAGUGUGUGAACAUAUGUAAUUAUUUGUGGAAUUUUUGAUUUGGUGGGUAGGGUGGAUUCUUACUUGUUAAGUUGUGAUUUGAUCAGCAGCAAUUAAAAAUGUGAACAAUAUGUCUGAUACCUAAGGAAAAUUUUUUAGAAAUGGGAUACAUGUCUUUUGACAUGUGGGAAAUGACAGUGAGAAAUUACUUCUAAAACAGUUAAAAAAAUUGCUUAUUUUACCUGAAGUUUGGUUAUGCAAUUGUCACUUAAAAUGUAAAUACCUAAAUAUAAAUUUUGAAGUGUAAUUUCGGAAGAAUGUUGUACAGCGUGGUAGGAAUGUUUUCCUCACAGCAUCACGUAAAGGCUUUGGAGCAGUAUUUUGUGGAGCAGACGUGUGCAGCUUACGAUCACCUUCCUAAAGUUUAGAUUAUGUAACACGAGCAUUAUGUGAUGUCUACUUAUGCUCCUUGAAGUACUGCUAUUGAGGUAACUCUUGGAAGUAUUAGUGCAUUCAUUUCUGUUCAUUAUGUACAUAGUGUACAUUUAGGAGAUUGCUACUUCCUGUUGACUGCAGUUGACUGGUGUUGUCCUAGAACCCGAAGUAUUAUUUCUGAUGUAAUUCACUGCCAUUGUCCGGACAGGCCUUUGGCUUGUGGAUUUAUGAAGCCUCAAGUUUCGAGAAGUAAUCUCCGAUGUUUCGCUCAACAUUGCAGUCGCCAUCUUCAGGAUAGCAGGCACCUGCUUGCAGUUGCAAUGUCUUUCAAAACAUCGCAGAUUAUCUCUUUCAUCUUGAUGUGGCUAAAACCAAUGAUCAAAGCCAGUUCAUGAUAUUUGUGAAGAUUUAGAAACUUGCAUUUGUCUCGUCUAGGCUCAAGUGUGCGAAGGUACAGUUAAGUACCAACCAGAGCUGCAUUUACUUUCUGAAAUCAAACCAGAUGUAUUUAUUUGUUAUAUUUUUAUAAAGAUAUUUAUUUGUUAUGAUGUAACAUUAGGUUUUACAGGAAACUAGAGCACUUAUUACAACUCUUGUCAACGUUGAGUUGAAUUGCCAGUUUUAAGAUGAUGCAUUUUUUAAUGUAUGAAACAUUUUAUUGUACAUGUGUAAAUGUUCAAGAAUAAAUUUACAGUUCCUAAA